GGGUCCCGGCGGGCGGGCCGGGAGCGCGGCGGGGCCGCGGGGACGCGAGGCCAUGGACGAGGCCGAGCCGAACGAACGCAGCCCUCUGCUGAGCAGCGGCGAGCGCGGGCGGGCGGCCAGCAGCGCCUUCCAGGGCCGGCGGCUGGCCUGCGCCGCCGUGCUGCUGGCCGAGCUGCUGGAGCGAGUGGCCUUCUACGGCAUCACCUCCAACCUGGUGCUGUUCCUCAACGGGCCGCCCUACGGCUGGGAGGGCGCGCAGGCCAGCCAGGCGCUGCUGCUCUUCAUGGGCAUCACGUACCUGGUGUCGCCGUUCGGGGGCUGGCUGGCUGACGCCCUGCUGGGCAAGUUCGGCACCAUCCUGCUCAGCAUGGCGCUGUACCUGCUGGGCAUGCUGGCCUUCCCCGUCAUCGCCGCGCCGCACACCCGCCAGGGCCUGUGCGGGGACAUCCCCCUGUUCCCCGUGGAGAACUGCUCCUCGCCGGCCGCCAACGCCACCCUGGCGCCCUGCUCCCAGGCGGGAGCCACCCGCUACUGCGCCACCGCCACCUUCGUGGGACUGGUCCUCGUGGGGCUGGGCGUCGGCUCGGUCAAGGCCAACAUCACCCCGUUCGGGGCGGACCAGGUCAAAGACCGGGGUCCAGAAGCCACAAGGAGGUUUUUUAAUUGGUUUUAUUGGAGCAUUAAUCUGGGAGCUAUCCUGUCUCUGGGAGGCAUUGCCUACAUCCAGCAGAACGUGAGCUUUGUGAUCGGCUACAGCAUCCCCACAGUCUGCAUCGGGAUUUCCUUCAUGGUUUUCUUAUGUGGGCAGAGCUUCUUCAUCACCAAGCCUCCUGACGGCAGUGCCUUCACAGACAUGUUCAGAAUCCUCACGUACUCCUGCUGCUCCAAGAAGAGCCACGGGGAGCACUCAGCAAACAGUGAAGGCCAGGGAGUGCUGCACCCGCCUCGCAGGCAGAGCCUCUUCGAGAUGGCCAAGCUGUCUCGGGGGGGCCCCUUCAGAGAAGACAAGGUAGAGGAUGUGAAAGCUCUUGUCAAGAUUAUCCCUGUCUUUCUGGCUUUAAUACCUUACUGGACAGUGUAUUUUCAAAUGCAGACAACAUAUGUGUUGCAGAGCCUCCACCUGAAAAUUCCCGAGAUAUCCAAUGACACCAACUCCAUCCAUACGUUCCCAGCAGCCUGGCUGACCAUGUUUGAUGCAGUGCUUAUCCUGAUCCUGAUCCCCCUAAAGGACAAACUGGUGGACCCCAUUUUGAAGAGGCAUGGCUUGCUGCCGUCCUCCCUGAAGAGGAUUGCAGUUGGGAUGUUCUUUGUGAUGUGCUCUGCCUUUGCUGCAGGAAUUCUGGAAAGCAACAGACUGAAAAUCGUGAAGGUUAAAACAAUUAACCAGACAAUUGGGAAUGUUACAUACCACGCUGCAGAUUUGCCAAUCUGGUGGCAGAUCCCUCAAUACGUGCUGAUUGGAUUCAGUGAAAUAUUUGCAAGUAUAGCAGGUCUGGAAUUUGCAUAUUCAGCUGCUCCCAAGUCCAUGCAGAGUGCCAUUAUGGGGCUGUUCUUUUUCUUCUCGGGGAUUGGCUCCUUUGUUGGCUCUGGAUUGUUGGCACUGGUGUCUAUUAAGGAAAUUGGCUGGAUGAGUAAUCACACAGAUUUUGGCAAUAUCAAUGGCUGCCAAUUGAACUAUUACUUCUUUCUGCUGGCUGCUAUCCAGGGAGCCACCCUGCUGCUGUUCCUGAUUGUCUCUGUCAAGUACGAGCACCACAAGGCCAAGGCGGGCGAGGCGGCUGCCAACGGGAGGCUGUGAGCCUGUGAGGCAGGGCACCCAGUGCCAGCAGCACCAGGGAGGGCAGUGCCAGCCAGGGCCUGCCCAGGGACCCUGCAGCCCUGCCCUGUGCCCGUGGGUAAGUGCCUUAGGGCAGGGGCUGCUUCUUGCACUACGGCCUGGCAGGGACAGCAAAGCUGGGCGUGAAUCACUGCAGGCUCUGGAGCUGCUCUGUGCCCAUGGGGAGCUGAAUCCAUCCCCUGCAGGCUCUGGAGCUGCUCUGUGCCCAU